AACGCAUGCUCAGUGAUGCAUCCAUAGAAGAAAACAGUUCAAUUUUGCCUGUACGUGAUGAAGGGAGUAUUUGUUAUUGUAAAGUGAAAAAUACCGAGUUUCUGAGGAAAAGGUGAUAACAAGAAUAGUGAUAAACGUAUUUCGCGGUUUAAUCAUAGGCCGUCAGAGCCUUCCUCUCUAGAAAAUGACAACCGACAUAAGUAUAGUUCGGUGGGAUCCGACGCUCCAACAGGAGAUUGUAGAAGACUAUGAAUAUGAUGGUGGGAAUUCAUCAUCACGACUAUUCGAGAGAUCUCGUAUUAAGGCUUUAGCAGACGAAAGAGAAAGCGUUCAAAAAAAAACUUUUCAAAAAUGGGUAAAUUCACACUUGGUCCGGGUAAAUUCACGCAUCGCAGAUUUGUACACAGACCUUCGAGACGGAAAAAACCUAAUAAAACUACUGGAAGUGCUUUCUGGGGAAAGACUGCCUCGGCCAACGAAAGGAAAAAUGAGAAUUCACUGCCUGGAAAAUGUAGAUAAAGCGCUGCAGUUCUUGAAAGAACAGCGUGUACAUUUAGAAAAUAUGGGAUCUCACGAUAUAGUCGAUGGUAAUCCAAGACUGUCACUUGGGUUAAUUUGGACAAUUAUCCUGAGGUUCCAGAUACAGGACAUCACAAUUGAAGAGACUGAUAAUCAGGAAACAAAGUCUGCCAAGGAUGCGUUGUUGUUGUGGUGUCAAAUGAAGACUGCAGGCUACCAUAAUGUGAACGUACGAAACUUCACAACAUCGUGGAGAGACGGUCUGGCAUUCAACGCUCUGAUACACAAACACAGACCGGACCUGAUCCAAUUCGAAAAAUUGUCCAAGGCAACCCCUAUUCAAAAUUUAAAUAAUGCAUUUAACGUGGCCGAGGAUAAAUUAGGUUUGAUAAAGUUGCUGGACGCCGAAGAUUGUUAUGUGGACCAACCCGAUGAGAAAUCAAUCAUCACAUACGUCGUCACGUAUUAUCAUUACUUUAGUAAAAUGAAACAGGAGACGGUGCAGGGGAAGAGAAUUGGUAAGGUCGUCGGUAUAGCCAUGGAAAACGAUAGAUCGAUCAAGGAAUACGAAACUUUGACGAGCGAAUUGUUGAAAUGGAUCGAGGACACCAUAACUGCUCUUGGAGACAGGAAAUUCGAGAACAGUCUUGUUGGUGUUCAACAGCAACUGGGACAAUUCAACAACUACAGAACUGUGGAGAAGCCGCCUAAGUUUGUCGAGAAAGGAAACCUAGAAAUUCUGCUUUUCACUUUACAAUCUAAGAUGAGGGCGAACAACCAGAAACCUUACACUCCCAAGGAAGGCAAAAUGAUAUCAGACAUUAAUAAAGCUUGGGAGAGGUUAGAAAAGUCUGAACAUGAGCGCGAGCUCGCCUUACGUGAGGAAUUGAUCCGGCAAGAGAAACUCGAACAACUCGCAGCUAGAUUCAACAGGAAGGCCAGCAUGAGGGAGACGUGGCUGUCCGAAAAUCAGCGUCUCGUAUCGCAAGACAACUUCGGUCACGAUUUGGCAGCUGUCGAGGCAGCGGCAAAGAAACAUGAGGCUAUCGAGACUGAUAUUCUGGCCUAUGAGGAGAGGGUACAGGCCGUGGUCGCCGUCGCAGGCGAACUCAAGGCCGAGAACUAUCACGAUAUGGAAAGAAUCAAUUCGAGGAAGGAGAACGUGUUGCGUUUAUGGAAUUACCUUUUGGAAUUGCUUAGAGCCCGUAGACAUAGGCUAGAAUUAUCGUUGAAUUUGCAGCAAACAUUCCAGGAAAUGAUACAUAUAUUAGAUGCCAUGGAGGAAUUGAAAGCCCGACUCCUUACCGACGACUACGGUAAACACCUGAUGGGCGUCGAAGAUCUACUGCAGAAACACAAUCUCCUAGAAGCCGACAUCAACAUCCUAGGCGACCGAGUCAAAUUGGUCGGCGGUCAGUCGCAGAAAUUCGUCGACGUCGAGGUCGAGGAAGGCUACAAACCCUGCGAUCCCGCCUUGGUUGCGGGAAGGGUCCAGCAGCUACAAGACGCCUAUAACGAGCUGGUAAGAUUGGCGGUCGAGCGAAGAUCGCGACUGGAAGAAAGCAGAAAACUGUGGCAAUUCUACUGGGACAUGGCCGACGAGGACAACUGGAUCAAGGAGAAGGAACAGAUCGUUUCCACGACCGACGUCGGACACGAUCUGACCACGGUCAAUCUGCUCCUGAGCAAGCACAAGGCCCUGGAGAACGAGAUAUCCGCCCACGAGCCGCAGUUGGAGGCUGUUCUGGGUAUCGGCGACGAGCUGGUGAGCACCGGACACUUUGGCGCCGAGAAGGUCCAAGAGCGACUGAACGAGAUUAGAUCGGCCUGGAAACAUCUGAUCGAUUUGGCCGCGUUCCGGAGGAAACGUCUCGAGGAGGCUGUGGAUUAUCAUCAACUGUUCGCGGACGCGGACGAUAUCGACAUUUGGAUGCUUGAUACUUUGAGGUUGGUCUCAAGCGAAGAUGUCGGAAGGGAUGAGGGCAAUGCACAGUCGCUUCUCAAAAAACACAAGGACGUUACCGAGGAGCUCAAGAACUACGCUAGCACAAUUGAAGCUCUGCAUCAACAAGCCGAUCAACUGGGUCCAGAGGUCGCCAAUUCCGAAGAGGUUUCCCAGAGGCUGGCUUCCAUCGAUAACAGAUACAAGGAGCUCUUGGAACUUGCCAAAUUGCGCAAACAAAGACUCCUGGACGCUUUGUCAUUGUAUAAGCUGCUCUCUGAAAGUGACGGGGUGGAACAAUGGAUCAACGAAAAGGAUAGGAUGCUGCAAACUAUGGUACCUGCGAGAGACAUCGAAGAUGUGGAGAUCAUGAAGCACAGAUACGAUGGUUUCGAGAAGGAAAUGAACGCAAACGCAUCCCGCGUCGCUGUAGUCAACCAGUUGGCACGUCAACUUCUCCACGUCGAGCACCCUAACUCCGAACAGGUGACCGCGCGUCAGAAUCAUCUGAAUCAGAAAUGGGCGGAACUUCGCGAGAAGGCGGAAGCCAAGAGGGAUGAACUCAACAACGCCCACGGUCUGCAGACGUUCCACAUCGAGUGCAGGGAGACGGUGUCCUGGAUCGAGGACAAGAUCAGGAUAAUCACGACCACAGACAGUCUGGAGAUGGACCUGACGGGUAUCAUGACUUUGCAGAGACGCCUCAGCGGUAUGGAGAGGGAUCUAGCCGCCAUACAGGCCAAGUUGAAUUCGCUCGAGAAAGAGGCCGACAGCAUCGAGAAGGAGCAUCCUGAAGAAGCCGCCGUUAUCAGAGAAAGGAUUACUCAAAUACAAAUCAUCUGGGAGAGGCUCACCCUCAUGCUCAAAGAAAGAGACGCCAAACUGGAAGAAGCCGGAGACUUGCACCGUUUCCUCAGGGAUCUGGACCAUUUCCAAGCCUGGCUCACGAAGACGCAGACCGACAUUGCUUCGGAAGAUACCCCAAGUUCCCUUGCCGAGGCCGAGAAGCUGCUGUCCCAACACCAGAGCAUAAAGGACGAGAUCGACAACUACACGGAAGACUACGACAAAAUGAUGGAGUACGGAGAGAAACUCACCGCCGAUCCAAGCACGCAGGACGAUCCCCAAUACAUGUUCCUCAGGGAGCGACUGAAGGCGCUCAAAGACGGCUGGGCGGAGAUCAAGCAGAUGUGGGAGAACAGGCAACAGCUGCUGUCGCAGUCGUUGAGUCUUCAACUGUUGAAUCGGGACGCCAAACAGGCUGAGGUUAUUCUCAAUCAACAGGAGAACGCGCUGAGCAAAGACGAACCGCCGACCACUCUCGAGCAGGCGGAGAACUUGCUCAAGAAGCACGAGGCCUUCUUGACCACCAUGGAAGCUAACGACGAGAAGAUCAACACUGUGGUCUUGUUCGCAAGGAGAUUGCAGGACGACGGACAUUUCGCCGCCGACAAGAUCGGAAAGAGGGCCGAUGUUAUUGAUGAGAGGCGCACGAUCAAUAGGGAAAAAGCCAUGGCUCUCACCGAAAAACUCCGCGAUCAACUGGAACUCCAACAGUACCUCAGGGAUUGCGACGAGCUCGGCGAAUGGAUCCAAGAGAAACACAUCACCGCCCAGGACGAGACCUACAGGUCGGCGAAGACCGUCCACUCGAAAUGGACGCGGCAUCAGGCCUUCGAGGCCGAGAUCGCGGCCAAUAAAGAGCGUCUGCACAACCUCGAGAAGGCCGGCGAAGAAUUGGCCAAGGAGAAACCGGAAUACGCGAACGCGAUCCAACCCAAGAUCGAGGAGUUGACGGAUCAGUUUGACGUACUGGAGUCCACCACCAAGGAGAAGGGCGAGCGAUUGUUCGACGCCAACAGGGAGGUGCUGAUACAUCAGACCUGCGACGAUAUCGACUCUUGGAUGAACGAACUCGAGAAACAGAUCGAGAGCGACGACACCGGCACCGAUCUGGCCUCCGUCAAUAUCAUGAUGCAGAAACAUCAGAUGAUAGAAACUCAAAUGGCCGUCAAAGCCAGACAGGUAACGGAGUUGGAAAAACAGACGCAGCAUCUGGAAACCAAAGCUCCAGAGAAGAAUAUGGAGGAGAUCAAGAUGAAGAAGACGCAGGUAGAACAGAGGUUCCAACAGCUCAAACAACCGCUCCUGGAAAGGCAGAGAAUCUUGGAGAAGAAGAAGGAGGCCCUCCAGUUCAGACGGGACGUGGAAGACGAACUCUUGUGGAUCGCGGAAAAAAUGCCGCAGGCUACCUCGACCGAAUACGGCAACAGCUUGUUCCAGGUCAAUAUGAUGGAGAAGAAGAAUCAGUCUUUGAGAACGGAGAUCGACAAUCACGAGCCAAGGAUAAACACUGUGUCGAACAAUGGUCAGAAAUUGAUCGACGAAGGUCAUGAGGAUUCCUCAGAAUUCAGUAGAUUGAUCGGAGAACUUCACAAAGCAUGGCAAGAACUGAAGGAUGCGGUUGAGAAUAGGAAAGAAAAUCUUUUGCGUAACGAGAGGGCGCAGCAAUACCUGUUCGAUGCCAAUGAAGCUGAAAGCUGGAUGAGUGAGCAGGAACUCUACAUGAUGGUAGAAGACAGAGGCAAGGAUGAAACGUCGGCCAGGAACUUCAUGAAGAAGCACGAGAGCUUGGAAGCGGCAGUCGAAGCAUUCGCCGAUACGAUCAGAAGCUUGGGCGAGACCGUCAGGUCUCUGGCGGCCGAGGGCCAUCCGUUAGCCGAACAGGUGGCUGUUAAGCAAUCUCAGUUGGACAAAUUGUACGCCGGUCUGAAGGAUUUGGCCGGCGAACGAAGGGCUAAAUUGGACGAAGCACUUCAACUCUUCCUCUUGAACAGGGACGUAGGGGACUUGGAACAGUGGAUAGCGGACAGGGAAGUUGUUGCUAGUUCCCACGAACUUGGCCAGGAUUACGAUCACGUGACCUUGCUUUGGGAGCGCUUCAAGGAAUUCGCCAAGGACACCGAGACCAUCGGUACCGAGAGGGUAGCCGGCGUCAAUGACAUAGCCGAUCAGCUGAUCGCUUCCGGUCAUUCCGAUUCGGCUACCAUCGCCGAAUGGAAGGACGGACUGAAUGAAGGAUGGCAGGACCUUCUGGAAUUGAUCGAGACCAGAACGCAGAUGUUGGCCGCGUCCAGGGAAUUGCACAAGUUCUUCCACGACUGUAAAGAUAUACUGGGCAGGAUAAUCGAGAAGCAGGUGGCGAUAUCCGACGAACUGGGAAGGGACGCGGGCUCCGUUAAUGCCCUGCAAAGGAAGCAUCUCAACUUCAUUCAGGACCUUCAAACGCUCCAAUCUCAAGUCCAACAGAUACAAGAAGAAUCUGCGAAACUACAAGCCAGUUAUGCGGGAGACAGAGCUAAGGAAAUAACGAAUAGGGAGCAAGAAGUGGUUGCUGCCUGGGCUGCCUUGCAAGCGGCUUGUGAUCAAAGGAAAGGAAAACUGGCUGACACUGGUGACCUGUUCAAAUUCUUCAACCUUGUAAGGACCUUGAUGCAAUGGAUGGAUGACGUCAUAAGACAGAUGAACACUAGCGAGAAACCGAGAGACGUGAGCGGGGUAGAACUUUUGAUGAACAAUCAUCAGAGUUUGAAGGCCGAAAUAGACGCUAGAGACGAUAAUUUCACAUCGUGCAUAUCCCUGGGUAAAGAACUGUUGAACAGGAGUCAUUACGCCAGUGCCGAGAUCAAAGACAAACUGGUCGCUUUGAGCAAUCACAGAAAUUCGGUUUUGCAGAGGUGGGAAGAACGAUGGGAAAACUUACAGCUUAUCUUGGAAGUCUAUCAGUUCGCGCGAGACGCGGCAGUGGCGGAAGCGUGGCUGAUAGCUCAGGAACCGUAUUUGAUGAGCACGGAAUUGGGACACAAUAUCGACGACGUAGAAAACCUGAUCAAGAAACACGAAGCUUUCGAGAAGUCGGCGGCUGCGCAGGAAGAAAGAUUCAGCGCGUUGGAAAGGUUGACUACGUUAGAAAAAUGUGAUGACUGCCUAAAACGUGGGAUGGAAUCAUUGCAUGAACCCGAUCUGUUGCGUCAUUGUGAUUUCGCACCCAUCUAUCCGACCUACGACAUCCCAAAACCCGUCCAUUUCCGCGACUUGAAACCACCCUACGUCGCAGAACUGAUCAGAAAUUUGGUCAAGAGUCGCGACGAAUUCUACAGCACUAAAAUCAGGUGUCGGAGACGGUUCAGCAUAAGAAAAGGAACGAUAAAAUACUACCCCGAUUACAGCGAGACGCCCAACGUACAAAUAAGUUUCCUGCAUCAUAAAAAUAUCAGAAAACAUCGGGCCGAUAAGUUUUUCGAGGAUAAGAUAAAAAAUAUAGAUCUCCGGAAGAACAUCGAGACGCCGCUGAAAAAUUUCAACCGUUCCUUCUCGAUGCACGAGCUCGAGUGGUUUCCUAAUUUGCGGGAGGAGUGUUUUCAACCGGCCGUAGUGCCGAAGAGACGGGUGUCGUUCUUGGGUCAGGACGAUAAGUUCGCGACUCGAGAUUUCCUAUUGGCCGAGAAACGUUCGAAUUUAAUGGAAAACGGGAAUGGAAAUGAUUUUAACGUAAAGUUGAACAACGCCGACAACGGUAGGGUGGUUUUGAGGAGGGGAAAGAUGAAAAUGGGCGUUGGGAUGAAACGUAUGUCUCUUCCGUUAAUGUCGAAAUCGAAUUCGUUCGAAUUGAGAGAAAUGAAGAGGAAACAGGAAGCCCAGGAAAAAGCGGAAGCCGAAGAAAGGGCAAGAAGAGAAGCCGAAGAGGCAGAAAGAAGAGCACAGAGGAUGGCUGAAGAGGCCGCUGCGGCGGCGGCCGCAGACAGGCCGGAUGCUGGUCCAUCUGCCACUGAAGAAAAGACAGUGCAUGGAGCCCAGCACCUAGAAGCAACGCGUAGUAGUCCGAGGACCCCAAAAAUACAAACCCCUGAGCCUAGUAGUAUUGCUAGUAAGGUCCAAAAAUCUAGUCCUGCACCAAGAUCCGAAGAGAAACCGACAAAACGCAAGGACCGCUCAAGAAGCAAGUCCCCCUUCCGCAGUUUCAGAUGGAAGAAGGGUUCUUCUAAGAGCUCGGGGGCAGUAAGUGACGACGAAGCUGCCACUACCACACCAGAACGUGGCAGUCCUACAGACGACGACAAUGUGGAAGGUAGUCUUGUACGUAAACACGAAUGGGAAAAUACCACAACCAAGGCCUCCAACAGGUCUUGGGACAAAGUGUAUGUGAUGCUUCGAGGCAUACAACUAACCUUCUACAGAGACGCCAAGACAGCUCACUCUUCAGCUGACCAGACCUUCAAGGGAGAAGCUCCUUUAUCCUUGCAUAAUGCCAAGGCUAGCCGAGCGGACGACUACAAGAAGAAGAAACAUGUAUUCCGAUUGAAGCUAGAAAGUGGAGCUGAAUUCUUAUUCCACGCACAGAACGAUACGGAAAUGAAUAUGUGGAUAUCGAAGAUCAACAGCAGAGCGGAAGCGGAUUCCGCGGGCCCUUCGCGCUCUCAAACAUUGCCGGCUUCUGCUCAAAAAGAGGAUUCCAAAAGACGCAGCUUCUUCACUCUCAAGAAAACGUAAAUCCCGCUCUAUUCCAUUGAUAUUCUUACCUCUUAGCUUUACCUGAUCAGACUGAGCGGAAAAUCAGUCCCUUUCACAUAUAAUUUCAGACUUAGCCUAUAUUCUUUUCUACUGUAGAAUGCACAGAUUAGGAAAAACUUCUGAUGAAGAAAUCAAAUGAAAAGAGUUGAAUUUUAAAUAGUCCUGACUAUCGAGUAAAAUUUUGACUGGAGCACAAAAAAAAUGUUGUACUAAAAUAUUACAUGAUGACGUAAUUUUUAGGUUGUUACAAAAGUGUAUAUCAAUAAUUGAGGGACAUAUUUCGCAUUCAGAUUUUUGAGUUCAACUCUGCGAAACUUUUAGCAGAAUUCUUUGAAGGGAACGUUUUCAACAUAUUAGUCCUUCAACCCCCUUGUAUUUUCUGAUAAGAAUAAUUGAUUAAAAUUGUAUGUAAAUCAGUAUAUUUGCAAAUUGUUCAGCCGCUGUGUUCGUUUAAUUUUUUUUUGUUUUGUUGCAAUAAAUAAUUCUAUUUCAAAAAUAGCUUGGCUUAUCGAAGAUAAGGAUGGAGUCUUUAUAUAUAUAUUUAUAUUAUUUGUAAUAAUUUUGAAAGUUUAGUAAUAUAUUUUACAUAAAAAAUGUGUGCUUUUAAGAAUAAAGUUAUAAAUAAAUAUUGUUUUUAGUA